CUGAGGGAUAAAACAAGCGUGGCAUUUUUUCUUACACAAGACACCCAAAUCUCUGUUUCUCUGUGUCAGCUUCUCAAAUUUUAACAAUGGCUGCAUUGUCAGAAGCGCCAUUCUUUUCUUCAAAGCCUCACAGCACUAAUCUCCCUCCCACCAAGUUUCACACUUUCCCCUCAAAACCCAUCUCUCUCACCUUUCGCAGUACGUAUACUCCUUGUUUCGCAAAUGCUUCUCCUUCUCUUCCUCAAGACCCGGACCCGGGAACCGACUCCGACCCUGACCCGACCCGAGACCGCCGGAGAAUCGUUCGGGUCGCCUGGGAGAAGAUCGUACGCUGGUCCAGGUCUUGGCGCUCCAAGGCCAACACCGACGUCCUCCAACGCACAAAUAAGGUGGUUGUACUUGGAGGAGGGUCAUUUGGGACGGCAAUGGCUGCCCAUGUGGCAAAUAGGAAGGCUGAGUUAGAGGUGAUCAUGCUUGUUCGGGACCCUCAAGUUUGCUUGUCUAUCAAUGAGAGGCACUGUAAUUGUAAGUACUUCCCGGAUCAUAGGCUGCCGGAAAAUGUAGUUGCAACAAUGGAUGCCAAGUCUGCUUUGCUUGGUGCUGAUUACUGCCUCCAUGCAGUGCCUGUUCAGUUCAGCGCAUCUUUUCUCGAGAGUGUUGCCGAGUAUGUUGAUCCAGGGUUGCCAUUCAUAUCUCUCAGUAAAGGCCUAGAGUUGAAUACUCUGAGGAUGAUGGCUCAAAUUAUUCCUCAUGCACUACGGAAUCCUCGCCAGCCUUUUGUUGCACUAUCAGGGCCUUCUUUUGCUCUGGAAUUGAUGGAUAAGCUACCCACAGCAAUGGUGGUGGCAUCAAAAGACAAAAAAUUGGCUAAUACUGUUCAGCAACUACUUGCUUCAAGUCAUUUAAGAAUCAGCACAUCAAGUGAUGUUACAGGAGUUGAAAUAGCAGGUGCACUCAAGAACGUGCUUGCAAUAGCAGCUGGGAUAGUAGAAGGUAUGAAUCUUGGUAACAACUCAAUGGCUGCUCUUGUCUCGCAAGGCUGUUCAGAGAUACGGUGGCUUGCAACAAAGAUGGGUGCAAAGCCGACUACUAUAACAGGGCUGUCAGGAACUGGAGACAUAAUGCUUACAUGUUUCGUGAAUCUUUCAAGAAACAGAACAGUUGGUGUGCGACUAGGAUCAGGCGAGAAGCUUGAGAACAUACUUAGUUCCAUGAAUCAGGUAGCAGAAGGUGUCUCCACCGCCGGGGCUGUGAUUGCUUUGGCGCAGAAAUAUAAUGUAAAGCUGCCAGUCUUGACAGCAGUUGCUCGUAUUAUCGACAAUGAACUUACCCCUAAGAAAGCUGUUUUUGAGUUAAUGAGCCUCCCUCAGGUUGAAGAAGUAUGAAACCUACCAGCACAUCCCUUAUUUACUAGCUGCUUUUUAACUGCUGCUUGUAAGACAUUCGGGUACUCUAUUCUUUUCACCAUUGUGCUUAUAGUGCUGAAGGCUUGGUGAGCAAAAUUUUGCACAGUUGGGGUUGCCCCAUACAGUUAAUAGAAUUUGAAAAAUGUGUAGAUUCUAGGCAAAUGCAUAAUCUCACGUCAAUAUAAACUUCUUUACCUGGAGUCACAAAUGUACAUCAUUCUAAUGAAUGCCAUUUGUUUGUGCAAAUACCUGGCAUCUGUGCUCUUUAAUAUGAAUGUUUUGGUUUAUAUGAGAACUAAUGACGUUAAAAAAUCUAGCAUCGUUGCCAAAGUUGGUGAUUUUUUCUUGACUUUA